AUGGCCAAGUUCGCCGCGAUCCUCCUCGCUUCUAUUGCCCUGACUCAGGCGCAUUUGGUACGGCGCGACGCACCGGCCCCGUCGGCUCUGCAAGACAUACAGAAGCACGCAGAGGGCUUCCAGAAGGUGUUCACGGAGCAGCUCAACGCUAUCACAACCUCCAAAAACUCCCAGGAAGUGCAGAAAGCUUUCAAAGAGGGCACGGACUCCUUGCUGCAGCAACUGUCGGCCUUCACGGCGAGCCUGCAAAACGCUAUGACUGACGCUAACGGCAAGGUGAAGGAAGCGUUGGAGCAGGCGAGAGUGAACGUGCAACGCUCCGCCGAGGAGUUGCGCCAAGCCCACCCCGAGAUCGAACAGCAGGCGGUAGCCCUGCGCGACAAGCUGCAAGCCGCCGUCCAAAGCACCGUUCAGGAGACACAAAAGCUGGCCAAGGAGGUAGCCGCCAACGUUGAGGAGACGAACGCCAAACUCGCACCCAAAAUCAAAGAAGCUUACGACGACUUCGUGAAACAGGCUCAGCAGGUGCAGAAGAACAUACACGAGGCCGCCUCAAAGCAG